AUUUUUAUUUUUGUCCAAACGCGCGCAUUGCUAAUCGAAUCAGCGACUGCUCACCACAACCCUUCCGCUAAGGAAAAACGACGACGAUUUAUCUUUUCUGCUGCUUGGGGGGUUUCUAAUUUGCAAGCAAAAGGGUCGUCGGUUUUUGUAAACUGGAUCUUGUUCUGCUCCAUCAAAUCUCAGUAGACGAUCCACUAUUGUAUCUUCCCUAAACACAGCGUGCGACGAGCUUUCAUGACGACAAUGAUGCACGACGGCGUAGAAUAUGACCCUGCUCGGACAGAGCAACGCAUUCUUUGUGCGUCCUGUGGAACAGUCAUUGCACCGAACCCCGCAAACAUGUGCGUUAACUGCAUCCGGUCUGACGUUGACAUCACAGAGGGUAUUCCCAAGCAAGCCACCAUACAUUUUUGUCGGGGUUGUGAGCGAUACCUUCAACCGCCAAAUAUUUGGGUCAAGGCGGAGUUGGAGAGCAGGGAAUUACUUGCGUUAUGUUUAAAGAAAUUGAGAGGCUUGAACAAAGUGCGAUUGGUCGAUGCGGGUUUUAUCUGGACUGAACCACAUUCCAAGAGAGUAAAGGUCAAGCUAACAAUUCAGAAAGAGGUCUUCGCCGCAACUAUCCUUCAACAAGUCUUUGUGGUAGAAUACAUUGUAGCCAAUCAGCACUGUGAAGAAUGUCAGCGGGUCGACGCGCAACUGACAUGGAAGGCGGUUGUCCAGGUCCGACAGAAAGUGGCGCACAAGAGAACGUUCCUUUGGCUUGAGCAGCUCAUUCUCAAACACAAUGCCCAUCGUGACACAACAAAUAUAAAGGAAUACCGGGAUGGAUUAGAUUUCUAUUACGUACAUCGAGCACAUGCGGCAAAGAUGGUAGAAUUUCUUCAGGCGGUUAUUCCGAUGCGACUGAAAACAUCGGAACAGUUGAUCUCGCAAGAUAUACAUAGUGGUACGAAAAAUUACAAGUUUACAUAUUCUGUGGAACUGGUGCCGAUCUGUAGGGAUGAUUUGGUAUGCUUGUCACCAAAGCUCGCACGGCAACUUUCCAACACCAAUCCCCUAGUCAUCUGUAACCGCGUGAGCAACACCAUCAACUUCCUUGAUCCAAAUACCCUCAAAAUUGCAGAAAUGCGACCUGACGUGUAUUGGCAAGCACCCUUCUCCGCACUUUGCGAAGCCAAGGACCUUGUAGAGUUCUACGUCAUCGAUGUUCAACUAGAAGGACCACAUGCCGGUCGUCAUGCACUCGCAAUGGUAGAGGUGUGUCGCUCGAACGACAUGUCUAAAACCUUCAUCGCCCGAUCACAUCUUGGACGCAUCCUCAACCCCGGUGAUCACGUUCUCGGCUAUGACCUGACUCACACCAACUUCAACUCGGACAAUUGGGAGGCUUUAAACAAUGCUGCCCGUCUUCGAGGGACGAUUCCGGACGUCGUACUGGUAAAGAAGAGUUAUCCCAAUGCACGAAAGAAGGGCAAGGCACGUGGCUGGAAGCUAAAGACUAUGGCCAAGGAGGAGGAGUUGGAAUAUGUCAACCGAGGCAAGUCGGAAAAGUCACGACAGGAGGUUGAUUACGAGUUGUUCUUGCGGGAUAUUGAGGAGGAUGAAGAGUUGCGUGGAAUGAUAAAUUUGUACAAGGACCCGAAAGGAUUGGCUACACGACAGCCACCAGUGGUGGAUCAGAAUGCGAUGGAGGAGGAUGAAGAAGAGCCUGAGGUCGAUUUCCCAGAGAUUAAUGUAGAUGAGCUCUUGGAGGAUAUGGAGGCAAUGCAUUUGAACGAUGACGAAGAAGAUGGGGAAGCCAUGCAAUAGAUUUGGGCCUAGGAUAGUGUUAUUCACAAAGCUGGCAGAAUAGUGAGGUUUAGAUAGCGUAUCAGUUAAACUAUCUGAUAGGCGGAUGUGCCACUGGUACGAUUUGUGAAUAUCCGACUUCCUGGGUACCUAUUGAUGCCAUAGCCGCACUAUACAUGUACAUCACCGCACAAUGUAGGUCUCAAUAAUAGCAUUUAUUUACUGUGUAGCGUCUCAACGUUCCACAAGAAACAAUAA